UAGGAACUGCAUAUACUGUAUUUAAUUACUUGUGUAGUUUUCCUAAUCAUAAACUACACAAUAAAAGAGAAGUUCGCAUUAAAAAAAUAAAGUUUUUAUAAUUAUUAAUUUUCCUAUUUGUUGCGGGAUUAGUUUUCAUAGUUGUAUAGUAGUACUUAAUUACAUUUAGUGGGUUUUGUUUAUUAUUAUUUUUAAAGCUAAGUACUGAUUAUUUUCAAAUUUAUAUAUAUCUAAAGAUAUAAUUUAAUAUAUUUGUCAUUGACAAGAAAAAAGAAUACACAAAUAUAUCUUAUUCCACAAAGUAAGCCUUAUUAUUUUCUCUGGUUUGGUCAUCGUUUUCUCUCGUCGAUCAUUAUGAGAAUUCAAGCAUUAUUUUCUCCGGUCAUCGCUUUCUUCAAAAGUCGGGUGUCGAAAAAUCCCAAGAGAGAAAAAGUGAUUAGUAUUAAUAAUGAAACCUUCGAGUGCCUAAUUUGUAUGGAAAGAAAGCCAAUUAAAACCAUCUUUAAACCCAUAAACAAGUCCUCAAAGAAACGGAAACCUAACCCUAAAAUAAGUUGCUAUCACCCUUUUUGUGUUGAUUGUAUUUCAAAGUACAUCGAUGCGAAGGUCCAAGAUAACAUAUCUACUAUCAUAUGCCCUGACGUCGGUUGCAAAAAAGUAAUCGAUUUCAAUUGUUGCGUUACCAUCAUCCCAAAACCCGUUCUCGAUAGAUGGGAGGCCGUUGUAUCGAAAUCUAAGAUACCGUCACUGUAUUGCCCUUACAAAAAGUGCUCAGCGCCUAUCUUCCUACCGGAAAAAUGGAGUAAAAAGACGAGGACGGCAAAGGCGAAGUGUCCGCAUUGCCGGAAAAAAAUCUGUAGAAAAUGCAAGGUUGCAUGGCAUGAUGGGAAGAUAUGUGAGGAAUUCAAGAAAUUAGGGGUUGAAAAUGAGUAUGAUAUGACUAUGAAACUCAUUAAGAAUAAUUGUUGGCAGAGAUGCCCCCAGUGUCGUAUGUACGUUGGAAGAACUAUAGGCUGUAACCGUAUCCACUGCAGGUGUGGUUGCGGAUUUUGCUAUCGGUGUGGAUUACAGCUUUGGACGUGUAGGUGUUAUGCGAUAGGUUGAUAUGGGAAAUAAAUCGGAAAAAAUGACGUCAUCAGUACUGAUUCUUGUCGAUCUUCUUUAAAAAAUUUCAACUUUAUAUUAAAUUAUGGCGGUUCCAACUUUUAGGUAUCAACUUUUGAACAAUCUCCAACAAAAAUAACCUCAGUUAAAUGCAUGUGCUCCCGUUUUCAAGUUGAUGUUUUUUUUAUAUAUGAAAUUUCGUUCGGGGAAUUUUUUUUAUAAGUUUUUAGUUUUUUUUGUAUUUUAAAAAUAUUAUGACCCUAUAUAUUGUGGGACGGAAUUUUUAAUUUUUUGCAUUCAGGUAAAAAAUAAAAUUGUAUAUUGUGUCACACAGAGGCGAAUCCACUGUGUAAUGAGGGUAGACAUUUAUACACCCUAGAACAAUCUAUAAAAUAUAUUCUUUGCAAAUAAAUACUGUAACUUGUUUCUGGCUCAAUGGUAAUAAGUGAAAUUGUGGGAUUGCUGAGUAGGUA